GGACCCUGGGCAGGGGUUGUUCACCUUCCUAUUGUCAUAUCCUGCGUACAUGACAACCCCAUGACAGGACACCUACCUCUGAGAACCACACCUUGUAUGUCUGCAUGUCCUGUGGGCACCGUGGUCUCACCCUCUGGCACCGUGGUCUCACCCUCUGCACAGCCAGAGUGAGAGAGACGAGACACCAUGACCCCCACCAUCAUGGCCUUGCUCUGUCUCGGGCUGAGUGAAGACCCCAGGAUGCAAGCACAGGCAGGGACCCUCCCCAAACCCACCAUCUGGGCUGAGCCCAGCUCUGUGAUGCCCUGGGGGACACCUGUGACCAUCUGGUGUCAGGGGAGCUUGGAGGCCCAGGAGUACCACCUGCAUAAAGAGGGGGACUCAUGGAAUUGGGACACAUGGAAGCCACUGGAGUCCAGGUACAAGGCCAACUUCUCCAUCACAUACAUGACAGAUGUAUAUGCAGGGAGAUACCACUGUGAGUAUGAAUGCCCCAAUGACUGGUCAGAAUACAGUGACCCCCUGGAGCUGGUGGUGACAGGAUCCCAGGGCCACCCCAGUCUCUCAGCCCUGCCCAGCCCUGUUGUGACCUCAGGAGGGAACGUGACCCUUCAGUGUGCCUCACGGAUAUUCCACACAUUCGUCCUGAUGAAGGAAGGAGAGCGCCAGCCCUCCUGGAUCCUGUACUCCUAAUCAGCCCCCCAUGGGCGUACCCAGGCCCUGUUCCCUGUUGGACCUGUGACCCCUAGCCUCAGGUGGAUGGUCAGAUGCUAUGGCUAUUUUAGCAACACCCCCCAGGUGUGGUCAGACCCCAGUGACCCCCUGGAGCUGCUGGUCUCAGGUGAGAAAGAGCCCUCCCUCCUGACCCAGCAUGGCUCUGUAAUGGCCUCUGGACAGAGCCUGACCCCUCAGUGUCGCUCUGAUGUUAGCUACGACAGGUUCGCACUGUCCAAAGAGGGGGCACCUGACCCUCUCCAGCGGCUUUGCAAGGAGCCUCAGGCUGGGUUGUCUGGGGAAGACUUCCCCCUGGACCCUGUGAGACCGUCCCAUGGGGGCUGGUACUCAUGCUUCGGUGGACACACCCUAUCCUCCGACUGGACAGCCCCUCACCCGCCCUUUCUCUCCCUAGGACAGCUGCCCUACAGACCCUCCCUCUCGGUGCAGCCGCGAUGCAUGGUGGCCCUAGGAGGGAAUGUGAACCUGCUGUGUCAGUCACGGAGCUCUGUGGACACUUUCCUUCUGUCCAAGGAGGGGGGAGUCGAUCCUCCGCUGCGCCUUAGAUCACAGUACCGAGCUGGGCAGCACCGGGCUGAAUUCCCCAUGAGUCCUGUGACCUCAGACCGGGGGACCUACAGGUGCUACAGCUCCGCCAGCACCUCCCCCUACCUGUUGUCACAGCCUAGUGACCCCCUGGAGCUCCUGGUCUCAGGAAUCUACAGAAAACCUUCCUUGUUAGCCCAGUCAGGUCACCUGGUGAAAUCAAGAGGGAAUGUGACCUUGGUCUGUUGCUCAGAGAUCCUGUUUGAAAGCUUCAUUCUUCACAGAGAGGGGGUAUCCAAGGACCACUUGUACCAUGCUGGUCAGCACCAUCAUGGGGGCUCCCGUGCUAACUUUUCCAUGGGUCCUGUGACAGCCGCCCAUGCAGGGACCUACAGGUGCUUCGGUUCUCUCAAUCGCUCCUCUCAUGUGUGGUCUACCCCCAGUGACCCCCUGGACAUCGUGAUCACAGGUCUACAUGAUAAACCUUCUCUCUGGACCCAGCCAGGCACCGUGGUGAGGACAGGAGAGAACGUGACCUUGUCCUGCUGCUCAGAGAGGUCCUUUGAUGUGUACCAUCUAUGCAGAGACGAGCAGCCCCAUGAGUGCUGGCUUGCUAAGGGGCAGAAGCACGGCAGUGCAACCCAGGCUGACUUCCCUCUGGGCCCUGCACACCCAGCCAUGGGUGGGACCUACAGAUGCCACGGCUUCUUCAACACCUCUCCUUGUGAGUGGUCAGGCCCGAGUGACCCACUGUACCUUUCUGUCGCAGAUAACCCCAGACACCAGCAUGUUCUCGCUGUGCCCUUAGUGGUCAUCAUCUUCCUCGCUGUCCUACUUUUCUUCCUCAGUCGUCAGUGGUGCCCUCCCAAAGAGGAUGCUGCUAUAAUGAACAGAGAACCUGAAGUGGAUAGAAUGGACCCUCAAGCAGAAGUCCCACAGGAAGUGACAUACACACAGUUGGAUCAUCGCAUUUUCAUGCAGAAAAACACCACCCCCACUUCCCAGAGGCCUGGGGAACCCUUGCAUGAUGAAAGUGUGUACAUGGAACUUGCAACAGGCUGAGACCAAUGAAGGCAUAAAUCCUAUGCCCCAAGAACCCACAAGAAGACCCUGGGGAGGCUCUCUAUAGAUGCCAUAGCACUUUCUGAACACACCCCUACCCAACAACAGCCAGAAUCGGAAGACAGAAGUCUUCAUCUUCCUUUCAUCCUAAGAAGGAAUAACAAUCUUAGAAAACCCCCCAUCCCUUCUAGGAUACUAUUAUGAUGAUCCAGACAUUUCCAAUAUUGUCCACAAAACCACCUUUCCUUCUCAAGGGUAAGUUCUGACUCCUGUUGCUAUGUUAUAUAAACAAAUAAAUCUAUCAUCUAUCAACA